GUCUAUUUGACAUCUGAUAGGAAACGUCCUAUAGACAGUGCAGAAGACCAAACACUAUAAACAACACGUCUUGCAGAUGUAAAUGCAGAUAUCAAAUAGACGUCUCCAUGAUGUACCUGUGCUAUCAGGGUUGUAUGCACUGACACUAGAACCUCCCACUGAUGAAUUACUAAUUAACAGAUGUUUUGUCUGUUGUUUCAGGUUCUCACACUUUGACGGGGCUUGCAACUUACAUUAGAGGAGAAAAAGCAUUUAGUGCUUCAAUUAUGUUGGAUGACAUCACUGUAGGAUAUUAUGAUUCAGAAACAAAGAUCUAUGUUGCAAGAGGAAAUACUACAAAUGAAGAUGAUGUCAUAGAUCCAAAUACCGUCAGGACUGUAAGUGAAAAUGUGCUUAAUCAUUUUACAGAAAGAUCACAUCGCCUGAGACCUGUCAACGACACAGAAAGUCAUGUAGUUUAUCAGGUGGUGAGUUUUUGUGAACAGAGUGACAAUAAACUUGGAAAAAUAACCACCAAAACCGCUUAUCAAGGCUCUACAAUCGACGAGCUGCAUAUUUUUGAUGGCAAAUUCGGAUAUAAGCUAUUUUCAAAUUGGACGGAACCAGAAAAAAUACGCAAUCUUGAACAGUCCAAGUCACGUCUUGAAAAGGUAUAUUACCCAACCUGUACAAAAAUGCUGAAGAAUUACCUUAAAAAGAGAGAAACUCAACUAAACAGAAAAGUGAAACCUCAAGUCAGACUCAUUCAGAAAGCAAACUCAGAUUCUGGAGGGUCUCGUUUGAGUUGUUUGGCAACAGGAUUUUACCCUCGUCACAUCAACCUGACCCUGUUCAGAGAUGGGCAGCCUGUAUCUGAUCAUGAGAUCACUGGAGGAGAGCUGCUGCCCAAUGCUGACGGGACGUACCAGAUGAGGAAGAGUCUGGAGAUCAGUGCUGCAGAUAAACACAAAUACACCUGCUCUGUCACACACCUCAGCCUGGACGUCACUUUGGGAUUUGAUUUAAGUGAACCAUUUAAAACAGCGAUUCUCUCAGUGCUGAUAGUUUUGGCUCUGGUAUUGGUGUUUGGGACUGGAGUUGUCUUAUAUAAAUGGAGGAAGGGACAAGCAGAUUCCUCCAGAAGUGGUUAUUCUGCUGCUUCUAAAUCUAAUGAACAUGUCGAAACAACAACAAUCAAAUUAAAUACCAUGACUUGAUGCUAAAUGGAUCAACAUCUUCAAACAAUGAAAAAAUGAGUUUCGACCGUUGCUUGGGUUUAUUAUGAAAUAACAACAUUAACAAUAUUAUUAGUUUUUAUGUAUUCCGUUUUAACAAUUGUCCUUAAAACACAUUGUGAUCCGUACACAUCACAAAUGACGUGUGCAAGAUGGUGCCUGAGUGUUUGUCGGCAUGCCAUUUGUCUCGUCAGUUUUAAAUAUCCAUUCAGUACUCUGCCUUUAUGUGCUUUCUCAGCUGUUAUUAAUGCAUUGUGCUGAUACUAUCAUCACCUAUAAUCACCAAGUGUUGCUACACAUCAAAAGUUUGUUAGAGAAUCAACCCAGAGACUGUCCCAUUGUACAAGAUUAUUGUUACUCCUCGUUCUCUCUUCCCUCGGCCGAGUUUGUUUGCCGGCUUCCUAGCUGUAUUAUCCAUGAGCGGAAACGAUGCAGAAGGAGAGGAAAUCGCGGAGGUGUCUGGGUGAGGAUUAGGAGAGAAGUUUACAUCCCUUUGACUCAACUUUCUAUUUGUGCUGUCACACUUUCCAAUGGUCACUGUGGUUUAUAGGCCUACCUGGCUCGGUGUUCGUGUGAUGUGAGAUAUGCCUGUCAUCUGCCCAUCAUACCGGACCAGCGGCAGUCGGCUGAUUUCUGCACUCCUCCUCGAUUGCACGUCCGAAGAAGGGAUGUGAAUCUUCGAAAUAUUAAAUCAUUGAAGUAUGGCCGUCAAUCACAAGCACAAACUUCCGUCUCCCACGUUAAGAUGGCCUUCGUUAAUCUGUGUCUAAUAAGACUUUUAUUUUGAAUGACUUUUUUACUAUCCACAAAUUGGAUUUCUUAUUUUUAACUAAGACCUGGACUGGAGCAGGUGAGUUGUUCGUUUUUGGAAAAGCUGGAAGUGGCUUGGAAAACUUGUAAAAGGUGUGGAGUGGCUAUGGUUUUCAGGAACUGGUUUAAAUCUCAGAUCGUCUGGGAUCUGUUGGGAACUUUUCUACUUUUGAUUCUCUGUGUUUUCUGAUAGAUUCUGCUACCACUCCGUUAUUUUGUGUUUUGGUCUACAGGCCCCCAAAGCCAGAUAAAGGUUUUAUAGUUUUCUGAAUUAUCUCAUAUUAUCACAUCAUAUGAUCGUCUGUCAAUUUGAGGUGUUUUUAAUAUUCAUGUUUGCUGUCCUGGAAACCCCAUGGUUGCUGAGUUUAUCCAUGUUUUAGAUUAUUUUGGUUUUAUUCAGAAUGUUGAUAAGGCUACACAUGUACUUGGCCACAACCUGGACCUUAUCAUGUCUUAUGGGUUUUCCAAUGAUAACAAACAUUGAAGAUGCUUGCUUUUCAGAUCUUAAGCACACUGUAUUUAAUGUCACUCUAUGUAGCUUUUUAAGUACUAUUAAAAACUACAGUUUUUUUUAU